GUAUUAUUCGGUUCUUGUUAUUAUUCUGAGUAUAAAAAUAUCAAAAAAAUUAUUAAAAUCAUUAAACAUAUGAUUCAAAUACUGUGAAUGUUCUUUUCACAAAUAAUAGACGUAGUACGGAUACGAACCAAAAAAACGGUAUGAUACCGACAGUCUUGAAAAAUCGAUGCGGCUACGUAGUUUUACGGAUGUGAUGGCACUACGUAUCAAUGUGUUUGCAGAAAUGGUGGAACCCUUGCAGAAGUCAUUACAUCGCCGGUGUAUUUGUUUUUGCCCUUUCCUCUGUUUUUACGUUUUAUAAUUUGUAUCAUAUUCCUUUCGAAAAGACAGUUUUAUUUAAUCUACAUUGAUCUAUAUCAUUCAAGACUGUACACAUAAGCUAACAAUUUAACAUAUGAUUAGAUGUGUGUAUUGUAAGAAGACUGUGAAACAAGUAUACUGUGAAUCGUAGAGGUAUAAAUCAUGGCUGCAGCAGAAAUUGAGGAUGACAUUUACAUGGGAUAUGACGAUUAUCCAUCUGUGUAUAAGGAUCUCGAGCAGGAUGAAUUGUUCCAGGAAGUUAUUAAAACAAGUUAUGGAAAAAGAUCAAUAUUUACUCCAAGGACACCAGGUACUGCAAUGCGUCUUGGAACAUCGAGCAGAUUUCAAAGAAGCGGUACCACUACUUCAAUGCAACCUAUGACAGCUGGAGUUAGACCUAUGACAGCAGUGAGAAGUGCUGGAUAUACCAGCAAUAAACAAACUUUUGAUCCUCUUAACUUGGGAAGUAGCACUAAGACUUCCGCAUCUCUAUUGGAAGCUAACAAAGAAGACACACCAGAAGAAAAAAUAAAAGCAAGAGAAAAGAAAAUAAUGGCCUUAAUAGAAAGUUCUGCGGAGGCAGCUUCAGAAAACAAUGUGAGAAUCGCAUUAGAACGCGCACGAGAAGCUUCUUCAAGGGAGAAGGCUCUUAUACGAUUGCAAGAACAAGCCGGUCUCAGUGAUAAUCACAAUAUAGACUUGACGUUUGCUGUGCUAUUCAAUUUGGCAGUUCAAUAUACAAAUAACGAAAUGUAUACAGAGGCCAUAGCGACUUAUCAGGCUAUAACAAGGAACAGAAUGUUUAGCAAUAGUGCCAGGCUCAAAGUUAAUAUGGGUAAUAUUUACGUGAAAAUGGGUCAACUUUCUCAAGCUAUUAAAAUGUAUAGAAUGGCAUUUGAUCAAGCUCCGACAGUCCAUAAGGAUUUAAGAAUAAAGAUUAUGCAUAACAUGGGAAUGUUAUUUGUACAAAUGGGUCGGUUAGAAGAGGCAGCUAAUAGCUUUGAAUGGGUGAUGAGAGAGAGAUCUGAGUUUAAAGCGGGUUUGCAUGCCGUUUUGUGUCAUUUUGCGUUAUCUCAUCGCGAUAAGAUGAAAAGAGCUUUCUUAGAAUUACUAGAAGUACAACUUAAUAUAGAGCAGGAGGACAAGUAUAGUAUAAAUCCAGAUGAUGAUGCAUCGAAUAUAUUAAAUGAACUUAUAAAGAAUGACGAUUUGUCCAAGUUGGAAAAAGAAAUAAAGCUGGAAGCUGAGAAAACUAUACUUUGCGCAGCAAAGCUUAUAGCACCUGUUAUAGAAGACUCACUUACAUCUGGGUUUGCCUGGUGUGUUGAUACUAUUAAGUCCUCGACUUACAGUAUCUUAGCUGCCGAUUUGGAAAUAAAUAAAGCAAUGGUAUUUCUGCAUAAUCGGGAAACACAACUGGCCAUAGACACAUUAAAGAUGUUUGAAAAUCGCGACAGUAAAGCUAACAGUGCAGCAGCAACCAUGCUUUCGUUUAUUUACUAUCUUCAAGGAGAUUAUGAUCAAGCAGAAAAAUAUGCUGAAGCAGCUCGUACUUCCGAUGCUUACAAUGCGGCAGCCUACGUUAAUUUAUCCGCUUGCGCAAUGAAAAAGGAUGAAUGGAACAUUGCUAGGGAACUGCUGCUAUAUGCAUUAGAAACGGAUGCCAGUCAUGUGCAAGCUUUAUACAAUUUAGGCUUAGUUUAUAAAAAGCAGAAUCUGUACGAAGAAGCCUUGGAGUGUUUUUGGAAAGUUCGGAAUAUCGUUAGACAUGAUCCGCAAACACUAUACCAGCUUGGUCAUCUAUAUCAGUUGAUGAAUGAUGUCGAUCAAGCAUCUGAAUGGUAUAAUCAGUUGUUGGGUAUCAUAUCAUCUGAUCCAGGAGUUUUACAAAAAAUGGGGGAGAUGUAUGACUCAAUAGGAGAUCAGCAGCAGGCGUUCCAAUUUUAUAGCGAUUCUCACAGAUUCUAUCCUGCCAAUUUUGAAGUAAUAGAUUGGAUUGGCUCUUAUUUCAUAUCGAUGCAGGUUGCUGAAAAGGCGUUGCCUUAUUUUGAAAAAGCGGUAGAACUUGUACCAGACGAACCAAGAUGGAGAUUACUAGUAGCUGCGUGUUUAAGACGCACAGGGCAAUUUCAUAAAGCACUCGCAGAGUAUCAAGAUAUCCACAAUAAGUUUCCGGAUAAUAUAGAAUGCCUAAAGUUUUUGAUCAGACUUUGCAGUGAUCUGGGUUUGAAAGAAGCGCAGAUGUAUACUGCUGAAUUGAAAAAGGCCGAAAAAGCUAAAGAACUGAAAGAAAGACAAGGUUCAGCAAGGCCAGGUACAACAGGAUCUAGGAAGAGUAACAGUGGAACAUCAUCACGGGCUGGAUCAGGGCUGAGUGUGUCAGAUCGUAGACCAAGUCCGGAUCGACGACCAAUUUCAGGCCGAAAUGAUUAUCAAGGCACGAGUUACGCAGACCCUAUAGGACCUCUCCCUACUCGCCCUAUGACAGCUGCUGGAAAACGAGAUGACGAUUUUGGCGACGAGGAGCUCGGAGAUGAUCUCCUGCCCGAGUAAUAAUAUCGCAUAGAUUUAUAUUUUUUCAUGAGAUUAUAUAAUCGGAAACUGUAAGUAGAUUAGAUUUUAAUUGGAAGUAGUAUGUAAAUUAUAUUGCAACGACACACACGAAUAAGUUUUAUGAUCAUUUUUUUAAGCCACUUAUUACGAAAGAGUAAGAAUAUUUUCAAAAUUGGAAAGUCGUAAGUUUUAAAAAUUUGCAUAUUAUAUUAAUUAUGUUAUUAUUUUAUUCGCAUAAAAGCUGUUUAGAAUGUGUGAUUUCUUUAAUAAUAGUUUAUGAUGACUAAUUUGUAUAAUAUUAUAUAGUUAUAUGUUUAAUUAUUUGAUUUAGUGCCACGUGACAUUUUUGUCACGUUAAUGUUAUCGUGGUUCACAUUAAUUACACAUUGUGUAUCACAGUUGCAAUAAAGCUUGUUUCACACGUAAAAAGAUUAUCCGUCCAAAUCUAUGACGUACGUUAUGUGUAUUCGUAUAUUUUUAUUAAUUCUUUAAAGAUAAAGAAUAAGCUGAAUUCUUUAAAGAUAAAGAAUGAGGCUAGGUCAACGGAUCAAAUGUUUUCUACUGUAUUUUCAGACGAUCAGAAUCAUGCGAUCAUGUUUGACAUCUCUUAUUGACCUUACGUCAAUGGCCCCGAAAUCAAGGAAUCCUUUUAUCGCAUAUUGCGUAUUAAAAAAUUAAAGAAUUCUGUCAUACAGAUACAUUACGUUGCCAAAUAUUAUUUCUUUCCAACUCUGCAAAUUCACGGUAAUAAUAUUUCUGAUAAAAAUUUCAUUGAGCGGGAAUUAAUUUUUUAGAGCUAGAGCGGUGUCUAACGUAGCGAAGCUUUAAUCGCAGGCUUUAAAUCGCAAUCGAGCUCAAAUUUUGGUAUUAUAGAUAUGAAAAAAUAUUUACAUAUAAUUCUGAAAGAACGAUGACUGGUACGCAAAGCUCCUUACACACUGUUUUUAUUUAAAUUCCAAUUGAAAUUAAAUGAAUCAAUUUAUUCCUUGUUUUCCACGAUUGUAUUGACGCUGCCGAAUACUUUUGCGUUUCUUGAAAAAUUGGUUAGCGAAUCUACGAAAAUAUGCACGUAAUAAACAAAUGCAUUUAUCAGAAUUUCGAUUGUUCCGAGUUAUUGACCGAGUAUUACAAAAGAUUCUAAUCCCCCGAAAAUUCUGUGAUUAUCAAAUGGAUCCAGUGAGCCCGGUAAUAAUCGGAGUAUUUAAUUUUGACGCGGCUGAUAAUCGUCGAUAAUAACGCAAUGAGUGUGCAUUCUAGCUUGUCGUAAUUUCACCAUUUUGAAUGCAAACACAAGGCAUAAAAAUGCAAAGUUCUACACUGCCUAGAAAAUCAUAAUUACAUGGACAUAGUUAACAGAACAACUGCAAACACAUACCUGACGAUAAUUAUGCAUCAAUGACGUUUUCGUUGCACUCGAGCGAGAAAAUAACGACAUGGAACGUAACAAGAGGAUUUCAAUCGAUGCCGGGUACACAACGCACACACAUACACUCACACACAAGCGGAUUGUCGGUACUGAAAUCACGAUAUUAGUUCAUAAAAGCGACUGUACACGGAUACGACAUCAAAACGAAUACUUUAUGACGCAUAAACGGUAAUUAUUCGCGCACAAGAUUUAAACAGUAAUAAUCGCGAAAAAUGUGGACGAUUCGAACACGACUCUGCGAGUCGUUGCGAGGCGUUCCGUGACUGAUUGGAAUGUGACGUUUGCCGAAAUGAACGAUUGCGAUUCUCGAAACAGUUAACACAGCGAACCAAUCACGUCGCAGUAAUAAGAUCUAAUCGAUUUCGUGAGGUAUGCAUACUUCACAAUAUUUGAUACAAAUAUAUACGUUUGGUUUUCAGAAAAAAAUGAUUCUGAUCCGAGCACAAUACAAUUAAUAUCAUAUCGUCUUUAAUUAUAUCUAAUGUUUGAUUUGACCUUACAAUGUGCGAUCCAAUCCAAUCGAACGUAUUUAGAGAUGUAAGAUUGGUCUUCGCUAAAGAGGAAUGAUUUACGGAGCCGUUAGGGUCGGGCAAUUGCAACGAUCUAAAUUUAUACACAUCGGCCGUUUUAAUCAAACUCCAUUCAGCUUAUGUAGUCUGCACAGACGGAUGUUACUUUAUUGCUUCUAUAUAUAUAUGUAUAUAUACUUAUACGCGUCUAAACGCAGCAGCGUCUCACACGCAUUUUCAUACGGUUUGAUCGCGCUUUACGUAACUCUUACAAUUUUAUCAGGUAGACUUGUAAAAAUUUAUAAGACUAAUCGUUUAUGUACUGAGCCGAGUACGCGUUUCUUUGUUUUACAUGUGCGAAUAAUUUUACAUAAUUACUUUUUAUAAAAAUAAAAGAAAAAACAUCAAUGACAAUUCAAUUCUGAGUCGUCGCGAUAGUAAUUGAGCGCAUUAUAUUGCCUUCUGCGAUACUUUCGUUAUAUAAUUUAUGAUCCUAUAUUUGAAUGAUUAAAAAAAUUGUGCGAGAAACCGAUCGCGCGUUUCGUUUAAUGUGUUUUGGAAACAAAUAAAUCUAGAAUAUAAUUACGCUUGUGUGUGUGCUAAGAACAGGAAAUUUAUAUUAGAACCUUAUCCUUAAUUUGAUAUUCAGAAUUCUAUACAUUGUUCCAGACAAUGUUUUAAUUUGUUUACGCACUCUUCAGUUCGUAAAUAUUUAUUCGCAGUUAAAUCUUUCUGGAGCAAACAUCGAUUACGAAACGGCAUUAGCAUUUUCCUCAUUGAAGAUAGCGCACGCGGUAAAAAGUCGGAUUCGAAGAUAAGGCAAGCUAACGAAAAACCAAACCGGCAAUAUCCAAGAUUCGUUUGACCGAUGGUCGACCAUGUAUCCUAAUGUAAGCGGCGCAUAUGUCGACGGAUCUACCUGCGCCGCGCCGUACGUAGGUGUGCAUGUGUGCGUGCGUGUGGAUGCGUGGGUUGAGAAUGAAUGGACCGACGUAACUACCGAUAACCACUCAAUGCAUAAACCACGUGCGAUCAUGAACGCAGAGAACAUAUCGUCGACUGUUGACUACUCGAUCGAAUCAAGUACUUUUAAGAUUUUACACUUGAAGCGAUUUAAUCGACCGAAAACCUACUGCGAUGCUACUUGUCAUUUCUCAAGAACCGCAAAAAUUUACGAAUUUAUAUUCGUUUCUUUUUAUAAAACAAAUCCUCUUCGAGGCGGCUCUUUUGUCUUGAUUGACACCCGAGUGUGUGAAUGACAGGAUUUUGUUAUCUGUUCUGGAUUUAUCACACUCAGUGUGAUGCAGAAGUAUUUAUCUUCAUUAAAAUGUAAGUCAAAAGUUUUAUAAUUUUAUAAUUUAUAAGUAUAAGUGAGAAGAAUGUAGCGUCUCAUAAAUGGACUGGAAAUUGAUUCCGAUACAUUUUACAUCUUUUUUUAAAUUUGCGACAGUUUUGUUUAGUGAGAAUCUUAUUUGAUCGUUCACUUUUAAGACUCUAUUCUUCUUCUCACUAGACAAUUAAUGUAACAUCGUGUGACAAGUGGCGGCUUCUGGAUCCAAUCAAUCUUGCUUGUCCAAAUAAGAGUUAAUGUUUGAAUUUAUCUUGAAUCGCAAGCACGUGCUACCGCUCGCAUUACGUUCAGUCAACGGCCGAGACUCGUUAUAGUACAUAUACGUCAAUUGAAUUAAGCUUCCUUGAAACAAGCGUAUUCCUCGACUAGUUCAUAAUCAGUUUUUCCUUUUAUUUUUUAAUUAUAAACUAUUCAAAUAAUUGUCAGAAUACACAUAAUCUUACAAAAUCUGAUUUUCUUCACUUUCAAAUAAAAAAAAAUUGGCUGGAUUUCAAUCUUGAAACUUUAGAAUUUUAAUUCAACUGGCUGCAUAACAGGAUGUGCAAUGUGUAAAAAAAUCUAGAGGCUACAAAGAAAGAUAUUUACAAAUAUUUACAAAAUUUCAGUUUGGCUCUAAAUUUAGCAACAAACAUGAGUUCAAAGUGAGUUCGACGGCACAAUAACAAACCGCUUGUAUACAACCGCUUGCGUGAUCGUAAAACGCGGCCUUCUGCUACGGGCAGACGUCA